UUUAUAAUCCUAAUUAAGAGCAUUUAAUUAAUAAACUUAUUCGAACGUUUUUUUGUCUGAAUUCUUUUGAUAAUAUUGGUAAACUACAGUGCUGCCACUUCUUAGGAAGUAUAAAUGUAAUAUUGUAUUUGUAUAAUACCUACACCAUAUAAAUGAAUGUAAACCAUCCUACUUGCACGUUUGUUUUAUAUGAUGGUAAGGAAAAAGAAGACGUAUACAUUUUCUCAGUUCCAAAGUGAUAAAAAGUGAAAAUGUUUCCUUCCAGGUACCUAAUUAGAAGCAAUGUAUAUGUAAAAAGCAGUGGUGUAGCUAGAGAUUAGGUCGGAGUCUUUUACCUAUACGAAAUUAAUAAACAAUCAUAGGGUAUUAGAAACAUCUUAAUACUCAAUAAUUAAAUUAUUUCUUCAGUAAUUCUGGUUUUAGGAGAAUUAUAUUAGUAGGAAAAAAAAAAACAGACCAUAGAAUGAAAAAUCUAUGAUUGUAGUUCUAGAAACCAAUGCCGCAUGUCUCAAAACAUUUUGAACUAGUGAGAUGUUGUGCGAUGUAAUAUAUACAUUUUAAAAUGUCAACUCGUUUACCUUACUACCUGAACUGAAAUUUUGAGAGCAAAGCAUUCAAAAUGUCGGCAUUUUUGCAAAUUUAUAAAAAUACUUUACAGAGACAUCCUUUCAUAGUACAGUCCGUUCAAGUUGGUACUCUGAUGGGAAUUGGUGAUAUUAUUGCUCAAAAGUGCAUUGAACAACGAUAUAGUGAAAAACCUUACAAUUUUAAAAGGACUACAAAUUUCUUUUUGCUGGGAACUUGUUUUUUGGGUCCUGUUAACAGUAGGUGGUUCAGGAUAUUAGACCAGUAUGUAAAAGGAAAACCUACUCAGAGAGUUCUGAAAAAAGUUGCUUUAGAUCAGUUUGUUUAUAUUCCAUGUUUUCUUGCUGUUUUUCUCACUUCUUUGGAAUACUUGGAAAGGAAAUCUUUAGAUGAUGCCAGGAAAGCAGUUAAACUGUAUUAUUGGGAUGUGAUUAAAGCGAAUUAUACUAUUUGGCCAAUGGUACAAUUAUGUAAUUUUUAUUUUGUACCUUUAAACUAUCAAACUCUAGUUGUUCAGGUUGUAGCUUUAGGAUGGAAUACCUAUAUUUCCUAUAGAACUCAUUUGAAAGAAGACUGAAAAUGUGAUUUGAAUUGUUUUUCAUUCAAAAUGUCGAAUUUUUGUAAUACUCUAUGACUAUACAUUACUGACUAUCUGUGAUCUGCUUUUUAAAUUAUUUUUUUGUAACGAUAUGCAUUUCACUAAUUGUUUCAUUUUUAUUUAUUAGUUUUAAAAUAUAUACAAGAAAUAUACUUAAUCUAAUUAAUUUUA